CCGGAAGUACCGGAUACGCUGCAAAGCUGGAAAAGAAGAAAACAGGUACUAUUAAAGUGAUUGAAAGUGGCAUACCAACCGCCAAAACUUCUAUCAUCGAACAACUUGACCGUCAUGUACAAUAUAUAUUGCAGCACUUUAAAGUCUUGUUCUCUUUUCACAGCGAAAGAACUGCUGAAGACAGAUUUCGUCUAUACCACGGUCAGGAGUGUGCUGCCAACAACAUGGUCAAUAUGCUUAUUAAUGGAACCACAAAGUACAAUAAGCAAUUGAGGUUGAAGAAGAAGAAGAAAGAUUGAAGCAAGUGGCCAAAGAAGAAUACCG